AUGGUUCCCAGACAGCGCGUCGUCUCUGGCCGUCAGCAGAAGAGCUUCUUCAGCACUGCCUAUGACGAAGUCACCCACCCCGAGAAUGCUACCAUUGUGAGAAGCGUUCUGGUCUUCGGCGCCGGCGUCGCUUUCCUCUACAGCAGCCUCAGCGAGCUCCUCCUUCCUCCGUAAGUCGAGACUCGAUCCCAUCCAUCGCAGUCACUGCGAUAAAUCUCGACAACUGAAAACCAGUUACUGACGGAAGAAGUAUGUAAACGGAUCUUCGCACGUUCGUCCGCAUGUCCCUGUGAUAUGAAAUUGCCGGCUGUCUCGAAAGGUUGCCGACGACGAUCACAACACGCGAACAACUUUUUCCUACUUCUUCCUCUGAAUUCGAUUCUAAUGAAUACGUGUAUUAUACUGUGUGCUUCAUGGGCAUAUAUGGGCUUCAACGUUAUGUGGCUAGGCUUGUCAUCCGGGUCCGUGAAGGAUCAACAUUAUGUGGCGUUGGAAUAGAUAUGAUCUCCGGAACAUUUCCCGGUCUCUCCUCCGCAUAAUUGCAUAUGCUUUACAGGGCUUCUGCUCUGUAGUUGUCUUAUCUCUUCAUAUCUCAUCGCUGGUCAGGUAACUGAGGGCCCUCUGUAGAUGGUCACAUCUGUGAAUCGGGCCAUGAGCGUCGAUUGAACAGUUAGUAGCGGUGGUUCCAGUGUGUGGUUAUGGCUUUUGAAUGAAGGACAUUCUCGUAGUAGGAGUCGAACCAAAAUGUAGUCUUAAGCCAAGUAUAUCAAUUGAUG